CUGAAAACACCCAACAUAGGCAAACAUUAUAUCUUAUCAUUCUUUUAUCAAUCAACUAUAUAGUGAUAAGAAACAAUAACACGAAAAUCAUACAGAUAUUAUUUUCUUCGAACACGAACGAAAUUCCGAUUUGAAUAUUUCAAUACAACUUUCAAUCAAGUGCAGCUGUGUCGCGUUUCUUGCUGUGCAGAUUACCUAUUAAAUAAGAAAAGAAUAACUACAUUAUGGUGCACGAUGUUAUUUUACUUCAAGUACCGCUUCCAAAACUCGAAGAAUUACAGAAGACGAUUUUUUCUAGUGAAGUCCUCGAAUUUAUUGCAGCCCUACAUCGUAAUUUUGACAAAAAAAUAGAAUUGUUGUAUGAGAAUAGAAAACGACGAGCUGUGGAAAUAAAAAAUGAUCCUUUUAUUGAUUUCAAAAAUUCUCCCGAACGAAGAGACAAAAGCUGGAAAAUAGCGCCUUUGCCUAUUAGAUUGCAAAACAGACAUUUAGAUCUUGGUGAUGUGUCAGCUUCAAAUACGGCUCAUUUCGUAGUAGCUCUCAAUGAGGAUGUUCAAGGGAUCCAAGUAGAUUUUGAUGACGGUCACUGUCCAACAUGGAGGAACCAACUUCUCGCUUUCAACAACAUAAAUUUGGCUGUGAACGGUAAACUACAAGGUGCACCGUUGACGAUAACUACCUGCCCCGUAUUGAUGUUUAGACCCCGCGCGUGGAACAUGAUUGAACACAACAUACUUGUCGACGGUAAGGAAGCUAUUGGUCCAUUAGUUGACUUCGCUGUCCUCAUGUACCACAACGCACGGAAGCUUUACGAGGCGAACAGCGGACCAUAUUUCUACUUGUCCAAAUUAGAAAGCGCGUCUGAAGCUCAACUAUGGAACGAGAUCUUCGUUUGGGCCCAGAAAGAGUUCAAAUUGCCCCAAGGAACCAUAAAAGCUUGUGUAUUGAUAGAAAAUAUAUUUUCGGUGUUCGAACUGGAAGAAAUAUUGUAUGCUCUGAGGGACCAUUCUCUGGGAUUGAACUGUGGUAUAUGGGAUUACUGCGCUUCCAUCAUUGCUAAGUUUGGUAGCCGCAGCGAGUAUCAGUUGCCCGACCGGAGCAAAUACGUGAAUAUGGACCGCCACUUCUUGAUCUCUUACUUGAGAUUAGUCGUCAGCACUUGUCAUGCUAGAGGAGCACACGCAACCGGAGGAAUGGCCGCGUCUAUUUUGAAACCUGGCUCCGAUGGAACUGAUGAUGAAUCCAAGGCAAUCAUAAGUGAGAUAUUGGAAAUGAAACUGAAGGAAAUAGACUGCGGCGUCGACGGUUUCAUGGUGUACGACGCGCGUACUGUCCCGCAUGUCAACGAGCUAUGGAAGAAAAACGGUACAAUGCCAAAUCAAAUUCAUCGCAAAUUCGACUGUAAUGUUACACCACACGAUUUACUUUCCAUACCGUCCGGCGGCGUCACUAUGGAAGGCUUACAAAACAACAUUGCUAUAUCGAUCCUGUUCGUGUAUUACUGGCUGGCCGGAGUCGGGCAUUUCUUCUACAACGGCAAAAUCGAAGAUUCUGCGACCGCGGAGAUAUCCAGAUAUCAGAUAUGGCAAUGGAUUCGAUUUUCGGCCGCGUUGGAGGGCGCGUCUGGAGAGCGCGUGACGUCACGGCUGGUGGAGGACCGGGCGUCCGAUUUCGUGGGGCGCGCGCACCGGCGGCUGUGUCGCUCCGGCGCCGAGCGCAAGCGGCUCACGGCGGCGCGCUACAUGAGCCUCGAGCUGGUGCUGUCCCGGGACCCGCCAGAGUUCAUCACGAGCUACCUCAACGACAACCACAAGUUCAGAACUCUGCACAAUAAGGCCCUGCUGAGCAGUUUGUGAAGCUAGACGACUUUGGAGCCGUAACGUCGGAUUUGUUUAUUGAAAAAUUCUCUGACUGUACGAUUAUUAUGAUUUUUCUUUAUUCUUGGAGCCUCUAUUUUUAGACAAUUAUUAUUGAUUCAAUUAUUCAAAGAAAUAUGGAACUGAAACGGAUGUACCUAUAAAUAUUGAUGAAAACGUUAGAAUUAAGCUCCCCUCCACGAUGUUUCCCGAGCGCUAUAACAUGUCUUUCUUCAAACGAGGCUUGUGGAGAGUAUUAAGCGGUAGGCAGCGGCUUGGCUCUGCCCCUGACAUUGCUGAAGUCCAUGGGCGACGGUAACCACUCACCAUCAGGUGGGCCGUAUGCUCGUCUGCCUACAAGGGCAAUAAAAAAAAAAGAAUUAAACUUACAGUUUGGAAUGUUUAAAUCAUCCACAUACGACAUUAUGACUUUAAUGACCAUCUGUUCAAUUAUGUACCCAUGUAUGUAUUACCUUCAUUGAUUUUUUUAUUACGUAAGUCAAUGUGUUAUUCAUUCUAAGUUGGUCUGGGUGGUAGGCAACUAAAUUAUUAACAAAGUAUUAUAUAGGGAUAUUUUGUUUUUUUUUUUUAUUUUCUAUUUGUAAAAGAAAUUCAAUAAUUUGAUUUUAAAAUGUUUUGGUUGUAUUAGCUGUGCCGUCUAUCUUGUAGCUUUAUUUAUUUUAAAUUUUACUAAAAUAACUUAAAUUAACACAAUCAUAUUUCGGUAAAGGAGAACAUUGAAAAGUGAAUAUAAUACAAAUGUAAUUAAAUUUAAUUACUAAA